GGCUCCGCUCCUCCUGCGCGGCGUGGGCGCGGGAAGUGGCGCUCUGGGCGGUAGCGGCGCUCUCCGCCAGCCCGGGCAGUGCCGCUGCAGGUGCCUGACGGCUGUGAGAGGUUACCCGGGAUUGGGGCGGAGGUUGGGGUCCCUGCGUUUCGGGGAACCUCAUUAGCCCUCCUCUCCGGCCUGGCUCCUCCUCCUUCUCCUCCAGCCUUGGGGCUCGUGCCCGCCACAGCCUGCGCGCACAGCGCCUCAGCUAGCAUUCCCCCCACCCCCGCCCGCUGAUGCCAAAGCUUCCCCCUCCUCCUCUUCCUCCUCCUCCGCCCAUCACCACCACUACGAACGCCUUCGCCUCCUUCUACUCGCGGUUGCUGCUGCUGCUCCUCUCGCUCCCUUCUGGCUUCCACUAGCCCUUUUCUCCUCGCUCGGCUACUGCAGUCGAUCUGUUUCUGUCUCUUUUCUCUCUCUGUCUCUGUCUCUCUGUCUCAAGUUUCUUAUCUCAAGAUCUGGGCAGAGGGAGGAAACCACUCGAUUCUGCUUGCUGAUCAGAGGUGAUGAAGAUGAAAUUGAGCGUCUACAAUAUACAGUUAUUGCUUCUUUUAUUCUUGAUGUGGGACCCAGCAAGGUUGGUGCUGGCUAACAUCCAAGAAGAUGAGGCUAAAAAUAACAUCACCAUCUUUACAAGAAUUCUAGACAGACUACUGGAUGGUUAUGAUAAUCGGCUUAGACCAGGACUGGGAGACAGUAUUACUGAAGUCUUCACCAAUAUCUACGUGACCAGUUUUGGCCCCGUCUCAGAUACAGAUAUGGAAUAUACAAUAGAUGUUUUCUUUCGACAAAAAUGGAAAGAUGAACGGCUGAAGUUUAAAGGACCUAUGAACAUUCUUCGACUCAAUAAUUUAAUGGCUAGCAAAAUCUGGACUCCAGAUACCUUCUUUCACAACGGGAAAAAAUCGGUAGCUCAUAAUAUGACAAUGCCAAACAAACUUCUUCGAAUUCAGGAUGAUGGAACUUUGCUGUACACAAUGAGGCUUACAGUUCAAGCUGAAUGUCCGAUGCACUUGGAGGAUUUCCCAAUGGAUGCUCAUUCAUGUCCUCUGAAAUUUGGCAGCUAUGCAUAUACAACUUCAGAGGUCACUUAUAUUUGGACUUACAAUGCAUCUGAUUCAGUGCAAGUUGCUCCUGAUGGCUCCAGGUUAAAUCAAUAUGAUCUCCUGGGCCAAUCAAUUGGGAAGGAAACAAUUAAAUCCAGUACAGGUGAAUAUACUGUAAUGACAGCGCAUUUCCACUUGAAAAGAAAAAUUGGGUAUUUUGUGAUUCAGACAUAUCUGCCUUGUAUCAUGACUGUCAUUCUUUCCCAAGUGUCAUUCUGGCUUAACAGAGAGUCUGUGCCUGCAAGAACGGUGUUUGGGGUAACAACUGUUCUAACAAUGACAACUCUCAGCAUCAGUGCUCGGAACUCACUCCCCAAAGUGGCUUAUGCAACUGCCAUGGACUGGUUCAUUGCUGUUUGUUAUGCAUUCGUAUUCUCUGCUCUUAUUGAAUUUGCAACUGUUAAUUACUUCACCAAAAGAGGUUGGGCUUGGGAUGGAAAAAGUGUAGUAAAUGACAAGAAAAAAGAAAAGUCUUCUGUCAUGAUACAGAACAAUGCGUAUGCAGUGGCUGUUGCCAAUUAUGCUCCGAAUCUUUCCAAAGACCCGGUUCUCUCUACCAUCUCCAAGAGUGCAACCACGCCAGAACCGAACAAGAAGCCAGAAAACAAGCCAGCCGAAGCCAAGAAAACCUUCAACAGUGUUAGCAAAAUAGACAGAAUGUCUAGAAUAGUUUUCCCAGUUUUGUUUGGUACAUUUAAUUUAGUUUAUUGGGCUACAUAUUUAAACAGGGAACCUGUGUUAGGGGUCAGUCCUUGAACCUAGAUGCAGUUAUCUGGGGGAUGUAAAGCAACAUUAAACUUCAUUUGUUUUGCUCUGUACAAUCUGACUAAUAACUGCUAAUUUGUGAACCAACAUGUACAAUAUGUAUAUAGCAAUCUUGCUCACCAGUAGACCUCUAAUGGAGACACGCAUUUGCUAACUCGUGGAACUGCAGAGAGAAAGCACCCCAUGCCAAAAGAGCCAUUGCCUUUUUUAAACUUUAACCCUAAUACCUGGUUAAAAGUGAAUUUCAAAUGACCUAUUUCCUAUUCUUCUAACACUGAUGAAAAAUGGGGAUCCGCUCUCACACUUCAGGGGUCCUUUUGUCUUAGGUCUUAAGCAGGAGUGUUUUUUUUUUUUUUUUUACUAUUGCUUAACUGUAAUAUAAAAUAACAUUGUCAUUCCAAGAUGAAUUUUAAAUACCAUAAUCACAUUUCUGCAGCAUCAGCUCCCUUCCUGAGUGCCAGAAUCCCUGCUAGUGUAAUUGGAAGCUUGGCACACAUCAGAAGAAAAACUAGAGAUUUGAAAUUAGCUUUUAAUUAAUCUGUGUAGUAUCUAUAGCCAUGUACAUAUAACAGCAUGAUAAGCUCAAAUAAAUAUGAGUCACCCCUGACAGGAUGUUAAUUAUACCUAGACUUUAAUACCUAUCAGAAUGUCAUGGUCAUUACACAUUUAGUAUUAGACUUUAUUUGAGAAUAAUAAUUGAAGUCCUCUGGAUUAUUUUAAUUAUUGGAAACUACCUUAA